CGUUCAUAUUUUGGAUGAUUGACGUGCUUGUUAAGCUUUUCGUUAAGUUUUUUUCUUCAACAAAUCAAGUUGUUAAAUCUUUUGUAAAAAUUAGAAAAAUUAAUUAUAAAUAUUUCUCACACAAUUAUAAAUUUGAGAGAAUAUUUCGAUAACGAAUCGACAAUAGCAUUUUCUUCAAAUUAACGAGAUUUUGAAAAUGUCCGAAAUGUCUGCAACUAAAUCGACGAAGAGGGUUUACAAGGUGCCUAAAUCUGGAGAAGAAAUUGUUAUCUCUGGUAUCGCCGGUAGAUUUCCGAAUUCCGACAAUAUGGAGGAACUCAAGAACAAUCUGUUGAAUAAAGUAGACUUGGUCUCGGAUGAUAAUCGUCGGUGGAAAAUAGAUCAUCCGGAAAUUCCUCAGCGAACCGGAAAAGUUAACAAUAUUAACAAGUUUGACACGUUGUUCUUCGGGGUCCACUUUAAACAGACCCAGACGAUGGAUCCGAUGUGUAGAAUUCUUCUAGAGCACGCUUACGAGGCUAUCAUCGAUGCAGGAAUAAAUCCGAAGCAGUUACGUGGAUCGCGAACGGGUGUCUUUGUGGGCGCGUGUUUUUCGGAAUCUGAAAAAACCUGGUUUUAUGAAAAGUUACAGAUAAACGGGUUUGGAAUUACUGGAUGCAGCAGGGCCAUGUUGGCGAAUAGGAUUUCCUAUUGGCUAGGACUAAUUGGACCAUCUUAUACUUUGGAUUCCGCUUGUAGCUCGAGUUUAUUCGCUCUGGAGCAUGCUUUUCGGUGUAUACAAGAUGGUCAAUGCGAUGCCGCUAUUGUAGGUGGAUCGAAUCUAUGCUUACAUCCCUAUAUAUCGCUGCAAUUUUUUCGCCUUGGUGUUUUGUCGCGCGACGGUCGCUGUAAAUGCUUUGACACCGAUGCAGAUGGCUAUGCUCGCAGCGAAGCGAUCACGGUUGUGUACCUGCAAAAGGCAAAGUAUGCAAAACGAAUCUACGCCAGGGUCGUCUAUGGCAAGACAAAUUGCGACGGUUACAAGAAGCAAGGCAUCUUGUUUCCGUCGAGCAAAAUGCAAGGCACGCUAAUGCAAGAAUGUUACGAAGAUUGCGGUUUGUCGCCGAACAUUUUGUCUUAUCUAGAAUGCCACAGUACCGGUUCUAAAAUCGGCGAUACGGAGGAGAUCUUGGCGGUCGAUUCCGUCUUCUGUAAAAACAGAAAGACCCCUCUCCUGAUUGGUUCCGUCAAGUCAAACAUGGGUCACGCUGAACCCGCUAGCGGUCUCUGUCAAGUUGCCAAGGUAAUAUUGGCGAUGGAAACUGGAAUAAUCCCAGGUAAUUUGCAUUUCAAUCGGCCGCGAGAAGGCUUGAAAGCGCUUGAAGAAGGUAGACUCAAAGUUGUCACCGACUCGACGCCUUGGGAAGGUGAUUACAUGGGGAUUAAUUCUUUUGGUUUUGGAGGCGCCAAUUGUCAUAUCAUACUAAAAUCUAAUCCGAAGAAGAAAAUUAAUAAUGGAGCUCCAUCUGAUGAUUUACCGAGACUAGUAGUGGUGUCUGGACGUAACGAAAAAUCUGUCACAUUAUUCUUAAACGAUAUUGAGAAACAUCCAGUAGAUGUUGAAUAUAUUCGUCUAUUGCAUGACAUACACAUUGACGAUAUUCAAGGACACUUGUAUCGAGGAUACACGAUAGUCGGAUCAAAAACGGCAGAGCAACCUACGCGACAAGUAGAAAAUUAUUUGGGAAUGAAGAGACCGAUCUGGUUCGUGUUUUCCGGAAUGGGAUCGCAGUGGCCCGGCAUGGGUAUCGACUUGAUGAAAUUCCCCAUCUUUGCUAAAGCCAUUCAGAAAUGUGACGAUAUCUUACGACCGCGCGGUGUAGACAUCAUUAAUAUUUUGACGAACAAGGACAAGUCUACAUUUGACAAUAUAUUAAAUUCGUUUGUGGGUAUCGCGGCAAUACAGAUUGGUUUAGUCGAUUUACUUACAUCGGUGGGCAUCGUGCCGGAUAACAUCAUCGGUCAUUCUGUCGGAGAGCUCGGUUGCGCUUACGCAGACGGAACCUUCACCGCUGAACAAAUGAUUCUAUCGGCGUAUUCGAGAGGUUUAGUAUCCAUCGAAACUGAAAUAAUUUAUGGCUCGAUGGCAGCGAUUGGUCUUGGUUACGAAGAUAUCAAAAAUAUGUGUCCACCGGAUAUUGAAGUGGCUUGCCAUAAUGCUGCUGACAGCAGCACUAUUAGCGGACCUGCAGAGUCUAUGAAGAAAUUCGUUGCCGAAUUACAAGCUAAGAAGAUUUUCGCGAAGGAGGUAGCCUGCAGCAACAUACCCUACCAUAGUCGUUACAUCGCGCCCGCUGGUCCGAAACUGUUAGCUUGUCUGAGCGAAAUAAUCCCUGAGCCAAAACCACGCAGCCGGAAAUGGUUGAGCACGUCUGUACCUCAAAGCAAAUGGUCCACCGCGUCUGCCAAGUUAUCAUCCGCUGAGUAUCAUACCAACAAUCUCCUGAAUCCCGUACUAUUCGAGGAAACGUCUCGUAUGAUUCCGAAGAACGCGGUGACUAUCGAAAUCGCACCCCACAGUCUUCUGCAGGCAAUCCUGAGGCGAUCCCUCGGUUCGGAAGUCACAAACAUUGGGCUCACUCAACGCGGUCAUAGAGACAACAGCGAGGUCUUUCUGCAAGCGAUCGGAAAGCUCUAUAAUAUUGGAUUACAGCCGGAAAUCGCGAAUCUCUACCCGCCUAUUGAGUUUCCGGUUAGCCGUGGUACUCCGAUGAUUUCGCCUUCUGUUAAAUGGGAACAUUCCGACGACUGGUACGUAACGUUUUUUAAAAUGCCAAAGAAAGUCACUUCUGGGGAAAGAAACGUUAAAUUGUCGCUGAUGAAUGAAAACUUUGAAUAUAUGGCUGGUCAUGUCAUUAAUGGAGAAAACUUGAUACCUGCUACAGCAUAUCUUACUCUAGUUUGGGAAAUUGUAGGUUUAUUGCAUUCAGAAAUGUAUUCAGAUUUAUCUGUCGUUUUUGAAAAUAUCAUCUUCAAACGUGCUCUUCACAUUCCAAAAGAAGACGAGAUCGAGUUAACAAUAAUGGUUCAGAAAGGCACUGGAAGAUUUGAAGUAUCAGAAAACAGUACUACAGUUGCGAGCGGGGUGGUUCGUAUUUCAAGGAAUCCCGCACAGGAAAAGGUACCGAGUGCUGCAAUUUUGCCAAAUAAAGACGAAGAGGAAGUUAUGACUACCAAGGAUAUCUAUAAAGAGCUAAGAUUACGUGGCUAUCAGUAUUCAGGCCUCUUCCGCUCUUUGAAGAGCGCAUCGAUUUCAGGGAUGAAGGGACAUAUCGCUUGGAUGGGUAAUUGGGUUACAUAUCUUGACAACAUGCUGCAAAUAAUGAUUCUAGGAAUGGACACAAGAGAUUUGUACAUCCCCAUGAAAAUACAAAAGAUCGUGAUCGAUACCAAGCUUCACCAGCGAGAAAUCCAAAAGCUAGAUUUGGAAGAUAGACAACUCUCGGUACAUCUGUAUAAAGAAUUGGAGAUUAUAAUAUCGGGCGGUGUCGAGAUUCGUGGCGUCAAGUCUAGAGCAAUACUUCGCCAACUGCCGGCUAGUGAGCCGGUCCUCGAGGAGUACAAAUUUGUGCCAUAUCGCGACGGAGCACAGGUAUCCCUUCAAGAAGCGAUCAGAUUGGCUACGCAUAUCGCGAUCGAAUAUCAUCAAGCUAUUCACGUCAAAACCAUCGAACUGAUCGAUGACUCUGAUAAUGUGACGAUCAAUGAAUUGGCGUCGCCUAUACUAACCAAAAUUCUAGCUGACUUACCCUUAAUUCAGGCAAAUGUGCUUCUGAUAUCACCUAAUCGUUUCGACGAUGAUGCCUUAUUGCCAAAUGUGACCUCUAUAAACUCUUUAAACAAUCUGUCCAAUGAAGAGAACGCUUUGCUCGCUGUCGGUAUCGGUCUUUUAACAAAAAAUAAGAGCGAUAAACUAGAGCAAAUUCUAUCAAAACUGCGAAAUGGUGGUUUCGUGUUGACAAGGGAGAAAUCACCCAAGUCAGAGAAUCUCUCGGCGCUCUCGAAAUAUAAUUUGGAUGUGAUUCUAGAGAAAAAUACUAGCAUGGAGAGCAUCAUACUCUUGAAGAAGAAAAAUCAACCGAUCAAACAAACGGAAAUUAUUCACAUUAACAACAACGAAUUCACCUGGCUCGAGAAGCUAAAUUCGAUUAUGAAUAACAAAACUCCCAAUGAUAUGAGAAUAAUACUCGUCGGCGAGAAGGAUCCCGAGUGUGGCUUGCUGGGCUUUGUGAACUGUCUGAGAAAGGAGCCAGGCGGAGAAAUGAUCAGAGGCAUAUUAAUACAAGAUACCGAAGCUCCCAAGUUUUCUGUACAGAAUUCUCUAUACGCGAAACAGCUUCAGUUAGAUCUGCCUAUUAACGUAUUGCGACCAGAAAAAAUAUGGGGAUCCUAUAGACACGAACCAAUGUUGAAUUUAUCAAAGUUAAAGCCUGUCUAUCAUGCGUUUGUUAAUCAAACGGUACGCGGCGACUUGAGUUCGCUUCAUUGGGCCGAGGGUCCCAUACGUCCCGACACUAAACAAAAGGAUUUGAUUCAUGUAGUGUAUUCGGCUAUCAACUUCAGAGAUGUCAUGUUGGCUACAGGAAAACUGACUCCAGACACGAUCUCAAUGCCCACUCGAUUCAAUGAGUACUCGAUUGGCUCGGAAUAUGCUGGUAUCGAUACUGCUGGCCGUCGUGUGAUGGGCCUUUGUCAAAACAGAGGUCUGUCAAAUAUGUUAGUACCUGAUAGAGACUUAUCCUGGGACGUACCUGACAACUGGUCGUUGGAGGACGCGGCUACCGUACCAUCCGUAUACGCGGUGUGCUACUAUGCAUUAUACAUGCAAGGCGCGAUGAAGAAGGGAGAUAAAGUACUCAUUCACUCUGGCACCGGCGGUAUUGGUCAAGCGGCGAUUCAUCUCGCCCUUCACGAGGGUUGUGAGAUCUUUACUACCGUGGGAUCGCCCGAGAAACGCAAGUUUAUUCGCGAGAUGUUCCCAUCUAUCCCCGAUGAUCAUAUCAGUAGUACGCGCAAUACGUCUUUCGAACAGAUGAUUCUUACCAUAACGAAAGGCGAAGGUGUAAAUAUCGUUCUCAACUCAUUGCCUGAAGAGAAGUUCCAAGCAUCAUUGCGCUGUCUCGCGCAAGAUAGUCAUUUCCUAGAGAUUGGCAAGUGUGAUCUUACCUCGAGUAACUCUAUAGGAAUGAUGAUUUUCCUGAAGGAAGUCAGUUUUCAUACAAUUAUACUGGAGAAUGUGUUUGAAAUCAUGGAAGAGAAGAUAAAUCUGAAAAACUAUUUGUCCGAUGGUUUGAAGAACGGAGCUAUUAAGCCGCUUGUAAGAAAAAUCUUUGAAAAGAAUGAAGUGGAAGCGGCUUUCAGAUAUAUGGUGGAAGGAAAUCAUAUGGGCAAAGUAAUCUUAAAGAUUUGCGACGAAAAACAGGUUGGAAAAGUAUCUAUUCUUGCUCAGCCUCAAUUUUACUGCGACGGCAAUAAAAGCUACCUUAUCCUAGGUGGACUAGGCGGUUUCGCAUUGGAAUUGGUCGACUGGCUGAUCCUCCGAGGUGCUAAGAACCUAGUGUUAACAUCAAGAACAGGAAUAAAAACCGGUUAUCAACGUAUGAAGACCGAUUUAUGGAAAUCGUAUGGCGUGAACGUGCUAAUUAUAACGGAUGUGGAUGCUACAAACCGUAAAGAUUGCGAAUUUAUAUUAAAAUCCGCAGAAAAACAAGGACCGGUGGACGCUAUUUUCAAUCUUGCCGUAGUACGGAAGGAUAGCAUUUGUAAGAAUCAAACGCCAGAGUCGUUUAAGGAAUCCUUCAAGGCGAAAGUUUGGUCCACCAAGAUGCUAGAUGAGCUAUCCAGAAAGCUGUGUCCACGACUUCAACAAUUUGUAGUAUUUUCCUCAGUUUCCUGCGGACGAGGAAACGUCGGACAGACGAAUCAUGGUAUGACCAAUUCCGCGAUGGAGAGAAUCUGCGAGCGCAGAGUGGCGGAUGGCCUGCCGGGAUUGGCUAUUCAAUGGGGCGCGAUCGGCGACGUUGGCUUUGUCGCUGAAUUGCAAGACGAAGACGAUACCAAGGAAUUAGUUAUUAGCGGUACCUCGCAGCAAAAGAUAUCAUCUUGCCUUGAAAAACUAGAAGAGUUUUUGUUGCAAAAUCGUCCAGUAGUAUCCAGCAUGGUGGUUGAAAAGCGUGUGGAUGGUAAUGCCAGGGUUGCUCAGACUGUAGCAAAUAUAAUAGGUGUGAAAAACAUCAAAACUGUGUCUCAAGAUAUAUUGUUGACCGAGUUCGGAAUGGACUCGAAGAUGACUGUAGAAAUCAAGCAAAUGCUGGAACAUAAGUUUGACAUUUUCCUCACUGCGAAUGAUAUUCGCACCUUGACUUUUGCCAAACUAGCUGAGAUAUGCGGUAACGAAGAACAGGAGAAAACGCAAGCGCAGAUUGAGGAAGAGAAGAUCGAAUUACUUGGCAAGCAAUUAUUCGUCCGCGUUAAGAAUAAUGAGGACAUGAUAUCGAACGACAUUAAUAUCGAAUUAUCGACUAAGAAAAAUCUGUGCGCGGUCGACGUAUUCCUCUUGCCGGGCAUAGACGGUUGCGGACACAUAUUUAAUCCACUGGCGUCGAGAAUCAAACCGGUAGCGACGGUCUUGCAAUAUGGCAUAAAUAAUAUCGGGCUCGCUCAUGGAAGUAUAGCAGAGUAUGCCGAUCAUCUUUUACCAUAUAUUUUACCAAAGGCGGAAAAGGAAAGAUUUUUUACUCUAAUUGCAUAUUCGUAUGGCUCAUUAGUCGCCAUCGAAUUAGCGAGACGAUUGGAAAAUCAUGCCUUGAACGGUGAAUUAGUGUUGAUUGACGGUGCACCUGAUCUAAUGAAAGCGAUGGUAGAGCAAUUUUUACCAUCCCAAACGCAGGAGGAACUUCAGAACAAUAUUUUGCUCUAUGUCAUGAAUAAUUUACAACCAGCUGCAAUCGAGAAGCUACUUAUACAUCUCCAUAAGUGUACGACCUGGGAACAGAAGUUGGAUAGUUUUGUUUCGCACUUUGCUUCCGAUAACACAUCACUUUCUGUUGAAAACCAAAAAGCGCUAUGCACAACUUUAUACAGUCGUAUCCUUGCUCUUCAAAAGUACGACGUCUCAUCUUUGACACGGAUUCGAGCGCCUAUAACACUCUUGAAACCUACGGAAUCAUAUACCCAUAUGGCUGAACAAGAUUAUGGUCUACACAAGAUUACGCGAGAUAGAGUGAAAGUGCAUUACGUUGAAGGCAAUCAUGUUACAAUGUUGGACAACGAUAAAAUUAUAACUGCGAUCAACAGAGAAUCAUUGAUUGAUCCUAAAAUAUUUGAAAAGCUCUUAAGCGAAGAUCACCCACUUGAAUGCGAAGAUACAAAAGCUUAAAUUACAGCUAGAUCAUAUUUUCUAAUAUAUGUCUAUUUAUAUUAAAAAAAAAAAGAGGGAAAUAAAUAUAUAAAUAUAUAUGCAAAUAAAUAAUAUUUACUUUAAUUUAACAAUUGUAGAUGGAAACUUCUUAAUAAAUAACGAACAAUAGCUAAAA